GGAGAGCUCGCGCCUCCUCACUCGCACAACGGGCUCCUCGGGUGCUGCCGGCGCCGCGCCUCGCUUUCCGCGCGCGCCCAGCAGCCGCUUCUUGCGCGACGACGGCUGCGCGCCCCGACGCUCCUCGGCUCCCUUCGGCGCGGAGAGGAGAAGCCGGGCAAGGUGGCGAGGAUGCUCCCCGCCGCCAAGCAGUUCGUCCGGGGCUGCAGGAGAAGGUGGCGAGCGCCUCAGCCCCUGGUGCUCCUCGCCGCUCCUCUGAGAAGGGAGAGCGGCGGCUUUCUCCCAGCGGACCGGCUGCAGAUCCAUCUGCGUGCAAACUCAGGAGGAGGAGGAGGUCCCCAGGCCGACUCCAAAGAGAGGGAAUAUAUGCUUUGCCUGAGACAAACUGGAAAUCUAAGACAUCACAGAAGAGCACUUUAUAGCACACUAGUGCCAUCUGAUGAAGUAACUGUACAUUAUAAACAUGGAUUGCCUGCGAUAACUCUGACAUUACCCUCGAGAAAGGAACGCUGCCAGUUUACAGUCAAGCCGAUGCUGAUGACUGUGGGAGCCUUCUUGCAGGACAUACAGAGAGAGGAUAAUGCCAUUGAAAAGGUAGAAGUCUUCACAGCAGAUGGCAGCAUGAUUUCUUCUUCAACGUUGAUGGAGAUUCUUUUGAUGAAUGAUUUUAAACUUGUCAUCAAUGGUGCAGAAUACAGUGUUCAUCCUCCACUGAAAGAUCAAAUGAGCACAGAACAUAAACUGGAGAUGGAUGACAUCAAGUCUAUGGUCCACAAGUUGUUUACAGCACUUCAUUUAGAAGACCACCAGACGAGGAGAGAGAGGGAAUUAAUGCAAAAAAUGGAACUUCUGAAAGAAGAACUGCUGCCUCUGGAGCAGCUUAAAGCUGGAAUUACUACAGAUGUCGAUGCUAAGACUUCUCGGCUUCUAUGGAUUGGCUUAGCCUUAAUGUCAACUCAAGGUGGAGCCUUGGCUUGGCUUACCUGGUGGGUCUAUUCAUGGGAUAUCAUGGAGCCUGUUACUUACUUUAUCACCUAUGGAACUGCCAUGGCAUUCUAUGCUUACUUUGUGCUUACUAAACAGGAUUAUAUUUACCCAGAUGCUCGGGACAGGCAAUUUCUCCACUACUUUCACCAGAAAUCCAAAAGCCAGAACUUCGAUGUGGAUCAGUAUAACAAAUUAAAAGAUGAUCUUGCAGAGAUUUCAGGCAUCCCUGGAAACGUGUUGCAACUCAUGGGAGUCCCAGGCUCCAGAUCUUUGGGGGUUGACCUGUAGCAAUUUGUAAGCUGAGGUACAGGUUUUGUGUUGGAAGACAUCCCCAUUAAACACUUGACCACUGUUUGAUGAUUAAAUAAAUUCUAACACUGGUUGCUAAGUGGAAGAAUGCUCAUGCUCUUAUACUUUAGUAUAUAUACUUACACUAAGUAGAUUUGUUUAUUGCAUUUAUAUCCUGCACUUUGCCCAAGGGUACUGAAGAAGGGAGUGCCCAUAAAAGUCCCUGUUGAAAUGUCAUGCUGUACGAUGACCAAACCAGCUCCCUGAUUUUAGUUACUUGAACUAUACUUAAUUCUAAUCAGAGGUGGGAGGGACACACGAACCUGCAGGGUGCUCUUGGUUGUUAAACCAUGUAACUAGGCAGUGUGAUGUUUGAGAUGUAUAUUCCAUUUGUUCCACACAACAAUCUGUGAGAUGAGUGAUCGGCUCAUGGUAGACAUCUGGAUUUGAAAUGUGGAAAUCAGUCUUUGCCACCAUUGUGUCUGCUCAGUGUCACAGAGCUAAGCUUGCACAGGUGGUAAAAGCCUUUUACAAUCUGGCCAAAGCAGGGAAAGUGAUAGAACCAUUGAUGUCUGCUGUGAGCAGCAUGCAGACCUUUUGCAGCUAAAAUGUCCUUGCAUCAGUUCUGAUUUGGAUUCCAGUUUUUGAAAUGAGAUCAGAGAAAUGGACAGACUCCUUGAAGAAAUGAAACCAACUGCAUAUAUGCAGCUACACCCUUGCCCUUCUUGUGCCCUUAACGUGGCAAGUUUAGGCAUAUCCAGUUGGGUCCCAGAGGUAACCAGUGCCUCCCUUCAAAACACUGGGAAGCAUUCCCUCUUUUAAAAAGGCUUAAAAAUUACCAUUGACCCUGGUGAAGCUAAUAACUGUCACCAUGCAUCCAGUCUAUUGUAUCUUAAUCCAUGGUUGCUCCUUAGCAACAGGGUUUUUUAAAUGACAGUGGUUACUUGGAUCAGUUCCCAUCUGGUUUUAGAGCAAAGGAGCAAAUACUCUGAUGCUAAGUGAUUUGGCAGUUUUUGCCUUCCACUUUCCUUUAAGAAGAAUCUCCACUGCUUUAAAGGUUGGACAUGGCUUUGAAGCUGGUCUCCUUAUCAUCCUUAAAAGCAGGGCAACCCUUUUCAUUCCCUUCUGGCCAACCUUCAGAUGAGGUGUGGACACGCACAUGCCAGUGGUGGUUGAUGGUCAGAGCUAGAGGCCAAAGUGGGAAGAACUUUAUACCUUUGUGCUGCAGGCUAGUUUCUACAUAUGCUCUCACAUUCCCUCUUUCUUCCAGGCAAGCAGGAGGCACAAUCAGAGUUCAAGGAUACAUUCCAGCCAAGCAAAAGCAGUGUGGCCUAGAAUAGAGUCCUGAGGGCCAGAUAAACAAGCCUAGAGGGCCACGUUUGGCCUUCAGCUUUAGGUCCCCCACUCCUGCUUAAGAUACUAGUCCUCUGCUUGCUCACCAGGCUCUGCAACAUAAGCUAGCCUGUUACUUCUUAAUGCUAUGAUGUUUAAAGGAGUGACUACCCCUAAAAUUGUCCCAGCGACACCUGCCACUCAUUCAUUCAUAUACAAGUGUAUUGUGUGCACACACUUGAUAUUCCUCUUAUUACGGCUUACUGCCCUUUGUCCAUCGUUUUGAAUGGUUGUAGACACAAUGUAUUUCCUUCCUUGGAAUUAAGUGGCAGUUAACUGGGGGAAACAGUUUGGAUGUUAAAAGUUUGCCAUGACUUACUAAUGCAAAUGCAUGCUGAGAUUUAAAAAUUCAGGAACCCCAUAUGUAAAUAACCACAGGGCUUCCUGCAACGAGAGCAGAUUUCCUCCAUGCGAUAUAUAAAGUGUUUCUCUAGAAGCCAACAAUUGGAGUACCUUUUAUGCUGACAGACGGAUGCAGUUAAUCUAUCCAGUUCCUUAGGCCUAGAUGGGGAAUCUGUGUCCCUCCAGUUGUUGUCAGACUCCCAACUCAGAGAUGGUGUUUCAGUCCAGAAAUUACUAGAGCCCACAGGUUUCCCACCUCUGCCUUAGGCUCAAGGUUAUAUACAUGUAUACAACUACUAACCUAAGGGCAGAACUAUAUGUUACAGCAAGCACUCAAGUGCUGGAGGGCAACAUGCAGUGAAUAACUGGUGGGAGUUAAUAAAACCAGUUCCUGGUUUAUUCCUCUCUACCUAUGCCCCAAGGUUGUUUUUCCUUUAACUAAACAAAUUUCUAAUCUCAGAGUUAGGGGAUGUGGAAAACAUUGCAGAGAUUUUUGGAAGGAGAGGAAGAGUUGGGCUGCAUGAAAAAUAAAGGCUUUUCAGUGGAAUCUGUGGAAUGGUGUCCUGAGGAGAUGCACCUGGCUUUGUCCUUGUCAGCAUUUAGGCACCUGGCCAAGACCUUUUUUGUUUAUUCAGGCCAUUGGUAAUUAAGUUGCCUCCUAAGGUGGUGCUUCUCGUCGUCCUUAUUGGGUGAGCAUUUUAUGCAUUUUGCAUUGCUUUUUCUGCUUUUGAUUUGCUUUUAUCUGUUGUAGUUUCCCUCUGAGGAACCCCUUCUUUGCCUUGUAACGUGACUGAAUGCCAACAGCCAUCCAGAUGGUAUUAACUAGGCAUCAGAAAGAUUCUGAAGGGUUUCACACCUGCAAGCUCACCAGUUUAUAUUUCUCUCUUCUCAC